UCUGCGUGAAUUCUCCCCCGUAUAUCCUUAAUUUCAUGUUGCAUUAUAAACCGAGGCAUCAAGAGGGGCCAAAGAUUUGCACCGCUCGCGGCUCGGCGCUUUGCCGGGAAUGUCGAAAUGAAAAAGACAGAAAAGAUUAGAGGGCCGCCAAAAAACAGUGAUAACUGGCACAACUACAGCGCUACAACGACGUAAUGGCAGUUCGAAGUCUCGAGCUGGGGGCCGAAUAAUUGGGCAAGAAUGAACAGAUGUAUUUUUGUCUUCUUCCUUUUUUUUUCUGGCUACCUCUUUCUGUCAAGAAAGAAACUAGCGUAGCUUGCACUGGAGGUGCAAUGCUAAAGAGACAGCGGAGCUGAUGGGCACCUAGCUAGUCCUGGCUUGUGGGCUAGGCUAAGCACUACCAAGUCAUCCCUAGAAUUUGCAGGAAUUUAUUGAUUGGUCGAUUAUCGAUUAGCUAUUGAUUGGCUAUCAAUUGACCGUCGAUGACUAAGCUUAAGUAGUCCCAACCAUGCUUAGCUAGACUUAGCCAGGCUCAGCUUCGCCAUUUCACAGGGGUAUGUGCCGUUGCGCUUGCACCCUUUCUGCACUACCGCCAGGAUCGGCCCACAUUUUUUUGUAGACGACUAACGGAAUAACGGCCGGCUUAAACAGCUCCGCUGUUAAAACUUGACGACGGCACACGCAUGGCCUCUGAGACCUCCAGCGCGUAGCUAUCGUUGUAAAAUCGUAUCGUAUCACAGCUGUCGUAUUGUUGGUUUUACGUAGAAGUGAGACAAAGGGCUGUUCGGACAACUAUAUAUAAAGCAACACGCAUAUCUGCGGCGCGAUGCAGCGCAUGCGUCAAACGUGAUGUCUUGCGCUUAUGCUUGGAUGACCAUGAUCCUUCUCAGCGUCAGCAACUUCUGCAUCCACACGUGGCUGCAGGGUUUGUGGCGUGACGCGUGAGCGCGCUGCUUUGCAGCAUGUUUCACUUGCACGGCGUGUUUGUGUCCGAAUGACUCUAUUCUUCAGCGCCUGGUAGGAUGAAAAGUGGUAGCUCUCGUUUGUUAGACUUACGGUUAUUCCUCGCGCCGGUGUGAGAGAAGCGGUCGACGCCGCCUGUGACCUCUGAAGGAGCGAGGAGAGGCUGCGAAGGCGUAAUGGACUCGCCUCGGAGCUGGGCGGUCGCCGCGGCGUGCUGCUGGAUAAACGUGUUCACUUUCGCCCUGGUCCGCUCGGCGGCCGUGGUGUACGUGGCGUUGCUGCGUACCUUUCCGGUGACCAGGGAGCAGGCGUCAUGGCCCGUCAACCUGUCCGUCGUCUGCUACUUCCUUACAGGUCCUAUCGCUGGCGUGCUCGCGAGGUACAUCCCCAUUUGGAAACUGACGGUGAUAGGAUGCCUCGGUGGUUCCCUGGCCGUGUCCGUUUGCGUCUUUGCACAGUCGAUGAUCUUCCUGGACAUCUUCCUUGGCGUCACCCACGGGACGUGCAUCGGCCUGCUAGCUCUCUUCAGCGUCGUGAUCAACCAGCACUUCCACAAGUACCGCGCCAUGGCCUCCGGAAUCAGCAACGCGGGCUUCACCAUCGGAGGUCUCAUCUUCCCUCCUGUCAUACAGCUGCUCGCGGACCAUUACGGCAUUCGCGGUGCUCUUCUACUCGUCGGCGCCCUCAUGCUCAACUCGGUGGCUGGAGCUUUUCUGCAGCGAACCGCGCCGAAAGCGCAACCGGAAACACCUCGGCCACCACUCAGGGGCGAUGACGCGACCAGCACCGGUGAUACGGUGCAAUAUCCAGAGGAAGUAGACGCCAUGAUAAAAAGGUGCGAGGAAUCUGAGGAUAGGAGCCUUCGCGGAAACGUUGCAGUGGUCACUGAAACUGAGUUUUCUGAUAUAAAGGAUGACCCUGGGACGCACGGAGAUGACGGACUUAAUGGAGUUCAUUUCCAAAUCAAGAGUUCAGGGACGAAAGGACACGACGUGGGCAGUGAUGAGGAAGAUGGCGACAGCGCGAAAUUGCGAGUGCUGGAUGCCCAAGGUUCCAGCCAGCCAAAAGUUGUUAAGAAUCUUACGCCGGGAGUCACAAUAAAGAAGGGCGCACCAAGUCGAAAGAGAAGCCCACUGCUAUCGUUCUUACUGUUUCCGGCAUUCUAUCUGAUCUCAUUUUCGUUGUCGAUAAUACUGUUCAAUAUGAGCACAUACAUGACCGUCAUUGUCGACUUUGCCGUGGACCGUGGCGUUUCCAAGUGGAACGCCGUGUACCUGAUAUUUGCCUACGCCGUGGCUGAUCUGCUGGCCAGACUUGGCUCCGGCUGGAUUACGGACAGGAAGUUCCUACUCAAGAGCACCAUGAUGGGCUCACACUUUGUGCUGUGGGGCGCCUCGCUCUACGUGAUGCCGCUGUGCAGCCAGUACUACUGUCACGUUGCCCUGUCCGUACUGUCCGGUUGGUGCAACGGCUCGACACUAAUACUCAUCGCGGUGUUCUUCAUGGAAUUAGUGGGCAUCGACAAACUGGGCGUCUGCUUCGGCAUCGCGACAACGUUCGCAGGGCUCCUAGGGCUCGCGAGGCCAUCGCUUAUAGGUUUGUACAGAGACGUUCACGGAGACUACGAAGGCCUUUUCGGUCUCAUCGGCGGCGUGACGUUGGGCAUGUCCCUACUGUGGCUGUGCUAUUACGUGAAAGAACGGUGCGCGUCACAUAAAAAGCGAGAACCUUCAUCGCGGACUUGGCCAAAGCUGGCAGCGAUCUUCACAUCGGAAGAAAAGAGCUGGAGAUAGGGCGAAUGUGAUUCGCCAGCCAUCUUCAAUUCUUCUCUCGCGUUUCACCGGCGAAAAAAAAAAAGAAGAGUGCAUCAUUGUAAAUAUCCUCGCGACCACCAGUUGUCUUUGCGACGUUGUGCCGUAACGGCACAUUCGAUUGGUCGUUUCAGAGCGCCCUGGCAGCGCUACAAAGGUCGUUCAAGGCAAGAAAUAUGCGUUGCUGCUAGCAUAAGCGAGAUAGAGAGGGAGGGAAAAGGAUAAACGAAAGGCAGGGAGAUUGAGCCCGGUUGGCUAAUCGGCACCGUGCAGUACGGAAAAUGGGAGGAAAAUAUUAACACAUGCAGAGAAAGUCAUGAGUUGGUGUGCACUGGAGUCGCCGACGUAAUGAAAAUUCUCGGCGCUUUGUCACAGACAGGUUGUCCUCGGGAAUCGCCGCAGCGCUUUUGUGGCCAUUUGAAGCUGUGAUAUGCGGGUUUCAGUGAUAACAAUAAAGCCAAAUUAUCGCUAUUUGUACUGGGGUGUGCUAUUCUGUGCCCUAAGAAACAUUUAGACCCUUUCGGGCGUAUGUAUGUAAUCCUCAAACAACAGUCGUCAUCUGCCUAGCUUGUUUUCUCUCUGCUUUCCUGUCCAGAACGCUGUGUCACGUGGUUAGGCACAUGCCGUUCACGACCUGCAAGUACCAGGCGCGCAGCGUUAAAGAAAGGAAACUCGACGCGCUGGAUAUAUGUGACGAUUAUUGUUCGGGGACGAGAUAAGCCCCAAAGCGUCCAAACUUUUCUUAGUGUGGGGAGAUUCCUGCGUAUACAUAUAUUGUCAAAUUCCGUCACGUUUACAUGUUCAGCCAGUCAGAGAGAGCGUAGCUGCCUUGUGAGCCAAUCAGAGAUGACAAGAUGGCGAAUUUGACAGUAUAUUAUGGGCAGAAUCUGAUGGCGUCUGGAAUAGCACAUCCGCUUAUUCUCGCAAUGCAUGCUUCGAAGCUGUGCCUCGCAAUUUCUGUGGCGUUGCCCGGACACCCUGAAACGACCACUCAAACAUGCCAUAGUGCUUCGUUCAGAAUCUGGGCUCAUGUUCACAAAGCAAUUCUUUUACGUGAGUGCGCUUCCUCAUUGGCCGGCCUUUGGCGCCUGCCAGUCUUGAUAUAACGAACUGAUGUGAUAACGAGACGACCAUCUCCGCUAUAAACGAUGACGGACGGUACUUUCGAAAGAAUAGUUUUGUGAAUGCCAUCUCCGAUUGCUUUUCUGGGUCACUUUUUUUAAUUGAUAUGAAACUAUAAAAGGUGAAGUUGGCGCUUUUGUUUGCGCCGGCUACUCCUUGCUGCAGGGCAAGCAACACUAAAGGCACAAAAGCACUGAAGACAGUAAAAUAUCACAACGUGUUCAAUGUUCUACACACGAGUCAACGAAACCACACAUUAGAACAAUGAAAAAAGUAACUUAUAUUCUUGGGUUUUAGGUGCCAGAACCGCGGUACGGUUGUGAGGCACGCCGUGUUAAUUUUUAGCAUCUGGGGCUCUGCACCUAAAUCUAUGUAGACGAGCGUUUUUGCAUUUCGCGCCCAUCAAAAUGCGGCCGGACUCGCAGCCGCGACCUCGAGCUUAGCAGCGCAAACUCGGAGCCACUUAAGCUAUACCGCGGUGGGUCGUAAUAGAACAACGGAACACUAUGACACACGUACAGUGCCCUGAACAAGGGAGGGUUCGCACUUGACACUGAAAACACGCGCAUUCCUAUCAAGUGUACUAGGCGUUUCGGCGACUGAUCUCAGAUUCAUUAAUAGAAAUAAAAGAAGUGGACGUUUUGUUAAGGCGCGGAAAUAGUAACCCCGAAUAAUUUUGCUACAAGGAAAAAAAAAUGAAACUUUUGAUGCCAUGAAAGGCGCCUAAGAUUUAAGUGCUCAUUUCUCCCAGCUUAAGGUCUAAAAUUUGAACAUUAGGAGGCCCCGUUACAGUCGCUAACUUCGGGACCUCCUCCUGUAUAUCAUUAGAAUGUAACAUGGUGUCACGUUGUAGUGACGGUGAAGAACCAGACAGCGUUAAUAAACUUGGCUUGAAUUAUCUGCAUUGUAGACACGGAUUAAUGAGUAACUUAUUAGUUAUCUCUUGAUAUAUUUCUUUGAUGAACAGUACAUGGCUGUUAUGAUGCUGAAGACGAAAAGUUACGUCAUUCGUCACCAGCAUGCCUUCGAAAUGAUCAGGCAUAAUUGUGAAACCACUUUGUACGCUUGAGAUGGGAUAACCCUAACACAUAAUUCAUAACACCUUCUUUAGACUUUAAGUGAAGUGUCAGGACAAAAAUUGAAGGGCCACUUAGUUAUCCCUACGCGGAUGAAUGGGAAAGCAUUGCGACCACCGCGUGACGCCUGUGCUCUUUCAGCACGGCUCUUUCACAUGCCAGUGCCUACGAUUGUCAUUGUAGAGCGGUACAUACCUGGUUACUGAAGUUGGUGCCAAAUACGUUCGUUCAAGGUACAUGGCCAGUGUUCAAUAUGGCAUCAAAGAUGUUCAUUGGAGGCCAGCACAGACCAAAUUGUAACAUACACCCGGUACUCCAAGUCGGCGUCAAAGAGUCUCUUCCAACAGCGGUGCCCACCCAGUCUCGCAUCUACAGUGACCCAUGUCGGCGUGAAAGAGGUCGUCAGUUCGAGUGCCUUAAUUAAAUCUACCUUAAUUAACUGUGCCUCAAUUAACCCCAAAUGUCGUGGGUUCGACUCCUCCAAAAGUCGAGGUUUCGCAGCCUUUUCGAACAUCGUGGUCACGCCGACAACUACGCCGGAUUUUCCGCCUCAUGAGCCAGCCAUAUAAUGCUUCCGCAAUAAAGAAUAGAUUUUACACCGAGACUCGAACGCUGCAGGGCAAGUUAUUUAUACAACCUAUCACAAUAGCGCAGCAAGCGCAUGAGCAGCAAAGGACAAGAGUUAGAUCAAGCAGUCGUUCAGGUCACCAAAUGAUUGACUAACCAGUUGUUUGCGCAUGUGUUCUGCGUGUCUACAAUGAGUCUGAGCUGUAUUGCUGCAUUUUCAACACACAUUAAAGUGCUUCGGUGGGAAAAUUAUCACGCCAAGACUCCAGUAGGAUCAGCGGUGCAAAGGUUAAAGAAAAUUGCCAUUUGCAUAGGCACGUAAUCUUUAUUUAAAAACACAGUUUGCACACUUAUCGCGUCCCUGCUAGGAAACGCAGUGAUAUAGGUAUAUAGGGCUUCCAAGCGAGUCUAUCCCAGAAUAGUUUUUGUUUAGCAAACUAUUAAAAAAAACUAUUAAAAUGGGUUGUUUAGGCGCUCUUUGUCAGUAGUCUCCGAUUCCAAUCUGUCAUACCCGCGUCACACAUGCACUCUCUAUGUUCAUUGAGUCGUGCUAGAAUUUGGCAAGGCACGUUCGCGUUAAAAGCAGGACUGAUUGGUUCA